AUGUUUAAUACUGGUAAAUUUUUCGGAAAGACCGUUCUUAUCACUGGUGCAUCUCGUGGCAUUGGAAAAGAGAUCGCUCUCAAGUUGGCUCAAGAUGGAGCUAAUAUUGUUGUAGCAGCCAAAACUGCUACUGCUCAUCCUAAACUCCCUGGAACCAUCUACAGCGCUGCUGAAGAAAUUGAGAAAGCUGGAGGAAAAGCUUUGCCAUGCAUCGUAGAUGUUCGGGAUGAAGCUUCAGUAAGUGCAGCAGUUGAAGCUGCUGUUAAGAAGUUUGGUGGAAUAGAUAUUCUCGUUAACAAUGCUUCAGCUAUCAGCUUGACCAACACUGAAGAAACUCCAAUGAAGCGGUAUGAUCUUAUGCAUUCCAUCAACACUCGUGGAACUUACUUAAUGACCAAGACCUGCUUACCCUAUUUGAAGCAAGGAAAGAAUCCUCAUGUUCUAAAUAUUUCGCCUCCUCUUUUGAUGGAGACGCAAUGGUUCCAGAAUCAUGUAGCCUACACAAUGGCCAAAUAUGGAAUGUCAAUGUGUGUUCUUGGAAUGCAUGAGGAAUUCAGACCUCAUGGAAUUGCUGUCAAUGCUUUAUGGCCUUUGACUGCCAUUUGGACUGCUGCCAUGGAUAUGCUCUCUGCUGGUGAAGGUGCCAAGGGGAGUCGCAAGCCUGCUAUCAUGGCUGAUGCAGCUUAUGCUGUCCUUUCUCGCAACAGUAGAGAUUUCACCGGAAACUUCGCUAUCGAUGAAGAUAUCCUUAGAGAAGAAGGAUUGAAUGAUUUUGGGAAAUAUGCUGUAGACCCCGAUUCACCUCUGACCCCAGAUUUCUUUAUUCCCGGAGGAAAGUACGACUCUGUCUUCCUGAAUGCUAAUCCCAAUCGCAAGAAAAGUAGAGAGAGCAUCAACAAGACCGUUGUUGAACAAGAAAUCAAUGCCAUCACUCAAUCCAUUGGUGACGUUAUUACUCCAGAUAUAGUAAGCAAGUUGGGAGCUGUUUAUCAAUUCAAAAUCUCAGGUUCUAUCAACAAGGUUAUCACCCUCGAUCUGAAAAACGGUAAUGGUGCAGUCAAGGAAGGAGGCAAUGAUGCUGCCGAUGUGAAAUUUGAACUCUCUGAUGAAGACUUCCCAUUGCUAUUCACUGGAAAGCUUUCUGCAUCUACCGCUUUCAUGACCAAACGUCUGAAGAUCGGUGGAGAUAUGUCGAAAGCCCUCAAACUUGAAGGUCUUCUGAAAAAAAUGAAUAAAAGCAAAUUGUAA